AUGAAACGAUGCACUGCGCUCCGCCCAAGCAGCCUUAGGGCUUCGAAUCAGCAUUUGGGCCAAAGAUGGUACUCCUACGAUAAAGCGUCCUUGACCAAAGAGGCCCUUCUACAGAAAGUCGAAGCUGGGCUUGGACAAGAUGCAGAGGGCAAAUCUCUAAAAAUCGAUCCAGAGACGAAGACGGUCUCUACUGAGGCAGGAGAUCUUCCCAUCUCACCCAUAUUUGAUCCGGCAUGGAUGCAAGCCAGGCGAAAGACUGCAAAGGCCGCUCCUGGUCCACCACUAGGCAGAUUUCGACGGAAGCUCGCAAACAACCCUUUCGCACAGGCUCUCGCUACGCCAAUCCGAAGAUGUCCAAACAGCGCCACCAGCCUACCGCGGUACUUCUUACAGGAUUUUGAGAUGAUAAGACAUCCGCAAACAGGCGCCGCAUGGUGGGCUCCCGGCCCGCUGGCCUUUGAGCAUGUCCUGCCUACGAAGCGACCAGACGAGUCACAAGCGGAUAGGGACAACGAGCGCGACAAAGCUGCUGCGGCGGCUGAGCUCGUGUCAGCUUCUGCGCCGGACUCGAGCGAUACCACAACGGGCUCGGCCCGGCCACGGAGAUCACCAAUAACAAGCUACACGGUGAGUCGCAAGUCGAUGGUCGAUAUGGUUGGUGGACCAAACAAAAAAUAUCUUGCCCUUUUGUCGGCGAUCCGAACUGGCAUGGCAGUAACGCCGGAUACUAGGGAUGCGGUAUGGAGAGAGGAUAUGGGGGGUUUGCUGCUGGGGAUGAUGCGCCGACACGCAACAGAUGCGCUUAUUGCUCGCGGCAACCGGCCACACGGCCCCAAGGACAGGUUCAUCCAACCUUGUGUGAAUUGGAAGGACGUCGAAGGAGUCAGAGAGCGGGGUUGCGUUAUUUGGCUGCCAGAGAACAGUGAUGGUCCGAGACAAUACGCUACACUGGACGUCGAGGGGGCCCAAUACGGAAGGAAGAUGGUGGUACACAAUCUACGAUGGCUGCUUGGCGAUAACGAGGUGCAGCGGCUACGAGACUCGGCGGAAGUGUUUCACAAGGGGGAGAUAUUCGUGCUUAAGCAGUGGGCGAGCACGAGCAUGAUGAGACUGCACAUGUUGCUGUGGAAGCUGCAAGGAUAUCUGGCGGAACCAGAUACAGGCAGCAGUCCACUCACAAUGCGGUCUCCGAGUCUGCAGCUCAUCCAGCCCGAGAACUGGGCUCAGCCAAACAUGCCCACCUACAACACGCCCAUCUUCCUGAUCCACGACGGCAGCGGCACCACCUUGGCCUACCAAUUCCUCGAGAUCCUGGGCCGCUACACCUACGGCAUCCGCAAUCCCCACUACUACUCCGGCAAGGUCUUCGAGGGCGGCAUCUCCGAGAUGGCCUAUCUAUACGCGUCAUGGAUCCGGCAGACAGUGCAGGACAAGGACUUCCCGGCCAAGAAGCGCAACAUGGACGGCAGCACGAGCAUCUUCCUGGGCGGCUGGAGCUUGGGCGGCCUGCUCAGCAUGGAGGUUGCGCGACAGCUGGCAAUGGACGAUGUCGUGAGGGUCGCGGGCAUCCUCAUGAUUGACAGCACCUUUCCUGGUGUCGACGUCUCUUCAAGAGAUGGCUCGUCGGAGGAUGAGUCGUCAACCGACGAAGACGAGGCCAUCAUGAACAAGAUCCGCUCCAAAAGCUGCAUGGCAGAGGCUGUGCGCAUGAUCCGGCAGUGGCGUCUUCCCCAAUGGUCAGGCAGACUCUACGACCGCCGGCCAAAGGUGGUUCUGCUGCGCGCGAGAAACUACGUGCCGACAAAGGAAGGCCGCACUGUCGGCAUGGAUCUGAACAGAGAGGAUCCCCUGCUCGGCUGGGGCGACUACGACGAGGAGAUGUUCAGCAAUGUCUAUGAUGUUGACGGACACCACUUUAACAUGUUUGAGUAUGACAAGAUAUCCAACAUGACGAGGACAAUCAAGAAGGGCUUGGACAGGCUGGAAGAGGCCUCCCAGAUGAUGAUGUAUGAGAGCUGGUAG